CAGCAGUCAACACCUCGGCCUGGGGUUUAGAGGUUUGAUUUGGGCGACGACCGAUCUCCACUCCGAGUCCGAGUCUUCAAAUGUUCAAUCUUCUUUCCUUGAAGUGUUUGAUCCUGAGCGGGAAGGGCGCUCCGAUUCAUCGGUCGGACAUUCCCGUUCCAACGUCCUUGUAUGCUAGCAGUGCCGUUGAGGACACCCCGAAGCUGUUACGUUAGCCCUUCUCACAAUGGAGGUCGAGAUGUGAUCCACUGGGCGUCAACGUUGCACCGAUACCCGGCGGUGCUCGAAUGAAAGGACAUUUUCGAAGUUUCCCCUAGCGGCGGAGAUGGAAAAGGGCCCGAGCCUACCCGACUCUCUGCCACCGGAUCUUCCUGAUGAACCCCCUCCGCCAGUACCCGGCUCUGCGCCACCUAGCUCCUCCGCUCCUACUCCCAGCGGCCUCAGCAGCAGGCUCGGCGCGGGCGGGCAGUUUUCACUGAAGUCACCGUCGUCGAGCAGUGGUGGUUCGACUGGCAGCGCCGCCGACAAGUAUCGCUCGAAGGCUCGAGCCACCUCGACCAGGAAUGCGCCGACGACGACUGGUCUCAGCAGGGUUAGUAGCACCACUAGUACUAGCACUGCGGACAGCAGUAGACGGGUGUCUUUGAUAGUGCGAAGUCCCACGCAGGAGAGUUUGUCGUGCGACGGUGGAAAAGCUGCUGGCAACACAGCAAGCGGUAGUGCUGCUACUGCUGCUGGUGGUACUACUACUGGCUCGAAAAUAGGUCCGCUUCGGAAGCUGACCGUACCUGACCUCUCGGCAGAAGCGGACAAAAUACAGCCGCCAUCACCCAGCACUUCACCACUUCUGUUGCGAAAGCCCACAUCCACCCUAUCCACAUCUCCCAGCCUGGCACGGUCCAGUCGCAUGCAGGCGGGCACAAACCGCCGGUCUAUCAUCCGCCCUCCGAGUGACCCGACACCGGAGAAGCGGGACAGAUCGCCGACCAAGGCGGCGGACGCGACGGGAGGUAAAUCGCCAGCGGCCGCUGAGGAUGAUAUGGCGGCUGCGGCGUCGUACAACACAUCUCUGACGAGCGUACGCGACAGCAUUACCCGACAGCGGGCAGGUAGCGUGCAUGGUGCCGCGGGCCCGCUAACGGCCACCGCACGACUUCGUGCCGCACGGCGCGCCAGCCAGAUGAAGCGUAGGCCAUCGGAGGAUGCGGAAAGUGGCGAGAAGGCAGCAGCGUUGCUGCCAACCACCACCGUUAUGGACAGUCCCGAUGCUGCGGCAGCAGCACAAGCGUCGACGGCGGUGCCGCGAAAGGAGCGGCCGGGCAGCGCGGGCCGACUGCUGGACGAGGCACGACCGCGUGCGGGCAGUGGCGCAGGAGCUCUGGAGGACGCCAGGCAGCGUAUCCGCGGCCGUCUCUCCCGCUCGCCAAGCACCGAGCUUCUCGACAACGACAGCGGGGCGGAAUCCAAGACCGAGGCGAACCCAGCGCGAUCAAUUUCGCCGAGUAUAGUCGCCACGACCAAGUCGUCGGCAUUGAUAAAUCUCGCCCGUGGCACGACGGUCACGCGGAGUCCCAAGGCAGCGGUGAACACGACACCGUCCAUGUUGGACACUCUGCAGCCCAGGCCGCUGCGCAAGACACCGCUCUCGGGCUCGCAAACACAGCUCAAGGACAGCGGGCUCUCGGCCAUCGCGUCGGCUUCGCUGGACGGCAGCGGAGGUGGUCGGUCAACCAGCGCAUGGUCGUCUGGCGGAGCUGGCCGGCAGACCAAAGUGAUCAACGUUGAGAAGCCGCCUCCGUUAGACGACUCGCCGAGGAAGCCGCUCACUCUCGGCGAACGCAGACAGCGUAUUGCCGACGCGAAGAACAAACGUGACAGCAACUUGUCACCGACGGACGGGAAGAGCAAGCGCGACAGCCACAUUUCCACGGGAAGCCUGGGCGUGGUCAGUCCGCUAUCGUCUAUUUCGCGAAUCAGUGAUCUCAGCGUGUCGGCGUUGAUGGACGAGAUUGACCGCGAUGACGAUGAAGAUGGCGACCAGCCGCCGUCCAUUUCUGGCAGUCCGCCGCCGAUCCCGGCCGAAGCACCACCGCCCGUACCCAACAGCGAGCCCAGUACCCCCGUGGCUGACGGCAGCCCGAUGACAAACGUCCCGAAAAUGCUGCCACCCGCUCCACUGUCGCCGUCAAAGAUUCCCGACGAAUCCCCGCCCCCGUUGCCUUCGUCCGCCGUUACCGAUGUUCCCACGGCGUCGAAAAAUGACGAGAGUCCAGCGGUGGUCACCACCCCAGAGCCAUCGAUCGUGGGGAAACUCUCCCCUAAGACUAGCCUGUUUGGGGCUAAACGGUCACCGUCGACUGGCACAAAGCAGGCGAUCAGCGCGUCACUCCUAGCCACGCGACGCAAGAACAACGGCAGUCUGUUCGGUAACUCGCCCGUCACGGUGCCGAAACUCCCCUCCGAGGAGCCGCCGGCAGUUCCACUGAGUUCUGCGCCGGCAACGAGUCACAAUCUUGAGCAGGGUGAGCCGAAGGCGGUCGACCUGAGUUCGAAAACAUCCGUGCCGGACGACAAGACAGGCACUUCGAAAUACUCUCGGUUCAAAUCCACAACUAGAUCGCCACAACAUCCACCGGAGGUACCAGCGAGUCCGCCAAACACAAACACCGCGGUCAAGAUCGUGGAUGAGAGCAAGGACUCGUCCAUUCGUAAGACGACCGUGGUGAAGAAGAAGCGAUAUGUGGCCAGCAAGCGCGAAGGCGGCAGUCGUCCACUGCACGAGACGGACUUGCGUCAGUCGCAGGGCUCUCUGCGUUCGGCCGACAGCAUGGACUCGCUGGACUGGGAUCGCAAGUCUGGGCGCAGCAUGAGCAUGUCGUCCAAGGUCAGCGAAACGGCCAGCGCGGAUGUCCACGUGCCCUCGCCGUCCGUGUCACCGCUGAUCAUCCGCGAUCGAGCUCCGGCUCCUGCAAUGACCUCGUCGAACGAUGUCGUCGCUCGACAAGCAUCCCAGCGCAGCACAAACAGUCGCAGCAGCAUCACCGCGGCCGUCGCCGAGCCACCGACCGACGAGGGCGCCGUACGACCGACGCGCAACGACGCCACGCGCAAGAGCUACACGCGCGCCGAGCGCGAGGAGGCGCGCGAGCGCUUCGUGCAGGUGCACCGGCGGAGCAGCACGUCGUCCACGUCUGGACCUGCUGCCACGGCGACGGCCCAGGGCGACGACUCAUCGACGAUAGCAUCAUCGGCGCGGUCCUCCAUGCGACCGCUGAGCAGUACGUUGAGUGGCGGUGGUGGUAGCGGAGGAGACACGGACAUGCUGUCGUCACUCCUCGGUGAUCUGGACGCCGACACCAAGCGACUACUGUCCCCGGACUCAGAAAUGACCAGCACUCCGCCGUCGACUCUCCAGCGUCACGACGUGAAGCGCAUGAGCACGAGCUCGCGCGAUUACGACUCCUCAUCGCCCGGCCUCAUCAGUAUGGGUUCGCAACGUCGCUCGCAAAGAAGGAUCUCCAUGACGCCCACACACUCCAAGGUAACUCAAUCUCGUGCAGAGGUGGUGUCCGUGCCUGCGCACAUCACCGCUGCCAAGAAAGUCAACCUUGAACAUCCGCCGGACAAGAUGCCGGAAAAGACCCAGCAGCUUGAGAAGAAGCCAGGGAAGAUUGUGGACAGUUUCGCACGAGUGGAGCUACCGGAUACAGGUCCACCACUGCCUCCAUCUGACCCGCCGCCGGAACCGCCACCGGAGAUUCCAGAUCAGGAGCCGCCGCUUGCCGCCGACCCGCCGCGGAAGAAAUCGUCGACGAAGAAGCCGCUAGUUCACGCCGCCACGCUGGACUCGGGUGCACUCGGGCAGCUCAUAGAGAUGCAGAAAACAUCGCGAGAAGAGCGUCCCGCCAAAACCGUGCCGGAGGAAGAGGCCAGUCACGAGGAACGCAGCGCGAAAAGCAUUCGCAACGAGAUCCGGCGCUCAACCAUUUCAACAUCCAAGCUAAAGGCCGCAAGUGCAAACAGCGACAGGAAGAGCGCGAUGUACAGUUGGACAAACGACGACGUCGGAGACUGGCUUGCCUCGCAGGGAUUCGGCGAUCUUGUACCUCUGUUCCAAGAUCAAGCUGUCACCGGGGAGAAGCUUGCUGGGAUAACUGCCAACCAGCUCGAAACGAUGGGCUUGGAGAACCGAGAUCUUCAGUUGCAGUUGCUAACCCAGCGCAACACGUUGCUGGAGCCAACAGACCUGGACUUUAGUAAUCUUGGUGCUGUGGCGGGCAUGGAAGAAGACAUCAGCCAAGCCGAGGAGAAGAGAGCACGAGAACAUAGAAAGUGGCGUUCAUCAAGCGUAUCGGCAGCAUCCGACAGCUCUAGGCGAGCGCAUCGCAACCUCUCCGACGCCCAUUGGAUGGAUCAAGAUAAUGAAAUAAGCGCCCAGCUUGCUCAGCUCAGAGAGCGACAGAAGCUAACAGACAGGUUGCUGGGUAGUCGCGAGGAUCUGUUUGGUGGCAUGCAGAGAACUGACUCAGUGAGCGGCGGAACAAUGACGAAACAAGAGACAGAACUAUCCCUCGGGUCCAAUGUCUCAGCGCUGAUCACCUCGCCGAUGAGUGACAAUGCCUUCGAGCCACCGGUGGACAAUCGCCGCACCUCCACCGCCAGCCAGCUGGAGCGGCGUCGCAGCGUACGCAUGCGUCCCAUACACACCUGGUCGGACAACGACCUGGCCAUCUACCUGUGCGAUCACGGCAUCUCGCUGUCCGUCACUGACAAGCUGCGAUCUGCUGGUGUUAAUGGACAGGAGAUCAUAAACAUGACAGGCGAUGACUUGGCGGAGAUUGGCAUCAUGGGCAAGCCAGCGGAGCAGCUCAUCGCUGAAGUGGACCAGAUCCGUCACAUGCAUCGCCACUCUGUGCGCUCUGGUGUCUCGUCACAGAACAGCUUUCAGGAGGAGGAAGAGCUGCAUAAGCGUAUGGAUGAGAGUGUCGCCGGUGCACCAGAUGAACCAGACAAUGACGACAGCAUGUCAGCUCUGUCACGUCUCAGUCCCAAUCGUCUCAGCAACAUCCCGGAAGCAUCUCUGAAGCGUGGCCAGCACUUACCAAGUGCUUUGGCGGAUGAUGGUCCGCCGUCAAAGUCGGCCAGCGACUCUGAGUCGGAUGCGGAAACCAUCGGCCGCCGUUUGAUCCACGUGAAGCCCUCGACGGCCUCGCUCGUGUCAGGAAGUGUUUCCCCCACAGCGGUGCCCCCGCCCGACAUGUUCAGGACCCUGUCCACGGCAGGGCGCAAGAAGGGAGCGCACGAGCGGCAGUCUCCACUCUCGUCCGCCCACCUGGCUACCACAGUGACUGAAGAAUCGCCCGCUCUGCAGAGUAUUCACCAGUGGUCUCACUCCGACGUGAUCUCCUGGCUGAAGCAUUGCGGCUUUCACAAGUACUGCCAUAGAGCACAAGAGCUCCAGCUUGAGGGAAAACACCUUGCCGUUGUGGAUCUGGCCCUACUGGAUCAACUGGGUGUGGAGACUGAUGAGGAGCGUGAGGCAUUCCUCGCAGCGGUGUACACUGCAACUUCGAAUACUAACGCAACGGAUUCGGUGAAAGCUCUGCUUCGUCUCAGCGAGGGCGAAAACAAGGAGAAGCUCCUUGCCAUGCUGGAAGUGUUGGACUCGCAGGCACCGGCGACCGCCGUGUCCGAGAUAACCACUUACCUGAGCGGCUCGCUGCAGGAUGUCCUGUGGCCGCACGACGGCGAAGCGCUGGAUGGACCAUUUCCACAGUCUACACUCUCCAGGUCGACGACGCCCGGUAGCGGCGGGCCGGUUUCGCCUUCGUCCCAGGUCGGAUCUGGCAGCGGCCGACCACUGGCGCUGGAAAUCCAGGACGCGACGCUCCGGCACAAUGCCAAGGAGAAGUACGACAAGGGCUUUGUUGGCAAGGGAAAGAAGAAGGGAAUGCAUGGUCACGUGUCCUUCACCGAUGAGGACCUGCCCACCGGCAAGUCCAGACAUCGUGAAUUUGACGGGCAAAGAUCUCGUUCGGUCGGGAAGGGCCCGUUCAAGUCGAAGCUGUCCAGGUGGUUCGGCGAAGGCGAUCAUCAUUACGCCAUAAAGGCCUCAGUCCGAACACUGUCGCACAGUCGCAGUGAGGAGAUUGUCCAGGGAAACGUCAAGGUCUAUCUACGGAACCUGCAACCGGACACCGAAUACAAAGCAUUCCACAUCAGCUCUACCACAACGGCGUUCCAGCUGAUUGAGAUGGUCCUGGAGAGGAUGAGCAUAGCUGAAGACCCACAGCGGUAUCGUCUUGUCGAGACCUCGCUAAGACCAGGAGUUCCUGACAGAGACGUGGCAAGUUUCGAGUGCCCGCUGCUUCUGCAAUCACUCUGGCACAACGAUAACGAGUUUCACUUCGGUCUACGUGGACAGCCGGUCGGAACCAUUAAGGUAUGCAUGGGAGUACGCGGUGUGGCUAAGUCGGACCUCAUCGUACAGAUAUCACCGUACACGUCAACCCACCAAGUCGUCAAGCUGCUGCUUCGCAAGCUGGGCAUGAACGACCGAGAUGCGGUGUCCUACUGUCUGGCAGAGAACAGCCCAACCAAAGGCGAAGGUCUAGUCGCUGACGGCGAGUACCCGUUGUUACGCUCCGUUGCCUGCGGACACAAGAGUACGCUGUGGCUGCGUGCCAGACCGUCUUUCUCACGAACCAACCAACCUCACCAUGCUGAUUUCAAACACCAGACAGACAGCGCGAUCACUUCACCGGAGUUUGAGAACGCUUACAACCGACUAGUGAGCCAGGCUGUUAGACAACGUCUGGAGUCUGAGAGGGAACGUACUAUCCUGGAGGAGGAAAUCAAACGGCUUCAAACGCAGCAGUCAGUCUCGCCGAUUGCCGAAAAGCAUUUGCCUGAUCUGGACGAGGACUCGCUAGAAAGAAUAUCCCACAUCACAGGACAACUGCAGAUCUAUGCCACUCGUCUGAAGGAAACUACGGUGCACGCAGAAAGGGUGGCAGUGGUGGACAGUGAGAAAGCCAAAGAAGUAGUUGGUUUGAAAGAGAAGAUUUCCAGCAUGGAGUCUCAGCAACUGGAGCGCACCACACAACUAUACAAACUACUGGAGCAGAAAGAGAUGCUCGAAGAACAACUCUCCACAAAGGAAAACACCAUCACCUACCUGAGAAGAGAGAAUGAGGUUCUAUCGGUGGAUAACAAGGCAGCCAGGGAAAGCGGCGUCAACCCAGUAAACCGCGAAAUGGAGGACACCUUGGCCGAGCUGACGAGCGAGAAACUUGCCAAAGAGAAGGAGAUUGCACAGCUCCGGGAGGAAUUAGGGCAACCUCGCCGCCUCUCCGUGAGGGACCGGCGUAGAAGUGAUGCUUCGGCUCCAAAAGUGGAGACAAGACCGGUGUAUCUUGCUCAGCUAGCACAGCAAGCCAGCGAUAGUCAACACAUGCAGCUGAUCACGGCCGACAUUGACUGUCGUUCAUCUCGCGAUCCCGGCUGGCUGCUCUCUCCCACAUCAUCGGACGAGGUCACACAGGUCGCUAUCAUUGCACUGCAAAGUGGUGGGCCGGCGCAGAAAUCCGGCAUGCUGCGCGUUGGUGACAGCAUCGUCGAAGUCAACAACCAUCCCAUCACCAAGGAAGAGGACGUAACCAUGGCGCUGAAGACACAGCGCGUGGCAACGGUCGUCGUGGCGCGCAUAACCGACAACCCGGUGGAGCCUUCCGCGGCAACAGCGGGAUCAUCCACAACCAUCGAUCAGCAGCAGGUGACACAGGCGUCGCAGGCGGAUAUCGACACCGCCGUGGCGUCGGCGUGUCAACGAGUGCGCUCGGAGCACGCCGAGGAAAUGGACUCGCUGCACGCGCUCAUGCAGACGCUGGAGAGCCAGGUGCAUGAGAGGGAGAAAGAGUGCCUCGCGCUGCAAGGAAAAGUAGACGCAUUGCAAACUGAGUUGGAGGAGGCUGAGACAUCCAGUGAGGCCGUGGGUCGACUGGAGUUGCAAACACGUGACUUGCGCGAUCAGCUUGUGUCGUCGGAGAUGGCUAGGGAGCAGCUGCGGACCUCGCUCAACACCCUCGGCACUCCGCACUCGUCCACGCAGAACAUUCCCAUGGCAACGCUCGAGCAGGAUCUGGCGUCCAUACGCAAGAAACUGGUCCUGUCAGAGGAGGAGAGGUCGGUGUUGAGAUCGGCGGCUGGUGAGAAGGACGGUCGUAUCUCCACGCUCAGCACCCAACUGGCAGAGAAGGACAAAGAGCUGCUCGCUGUAAGGACGGAGAGAGACAACGCAAUACGAUCGUUCCGCGACGGCAUCGGUGCCAAGAGCAGCGGCAGUUCAGCAGCAGGAAUUGACUUGAGUGAUCUCAGCUCAAAGAGCCAUAGCGAUUUAGUCGCCGCUCUCAAAGAAAAAGAGGAUGAAGCGACUCAGAGCGAGGCAUACAUGAAUAAGUUGCUGGCACUUGUCAUCGACGAAGCACCGCAGCUGUUGGCAAAGGUGGGAACUUUGACCCAAGAACAAACAAAAUCGAAAGAGGCUCAGGACGAAUGGUACUGAUCAGUAACGGAAAGCUGACAACUAUCUCAUCGAACUCUCAAAAACCUAUAAUUUGCAUCACAUGUUUUGAAUCACUUUGCUAUGAAUGUCCUCUGCAGUUAUACCUGCGACAGAAAACAAUGGAAUAACAUCUGCUUAGCCAUUUAGUCCAGUACAGCUGUAUUAUAUAUUCGUAAAUUUGACCUUAGUGCUAGACUCUUUUUUUGUAUUAAUUAACGGCGAGGAGACAACAAUUGUUAGUAUCGCAAACAAUAAGUUCAAGCCGAAUCGACAUUUGUGUAUACUUUAUUCAUGCAGUGUAAAGGGGUGGAGACAAUGUGCAAUAAAACGAUGAAAGUAGGAAAAUAAUAGUGAAGAGAACAAUUAGGAUUCGAACAAGUUUUUAUACACCACUCGUCAGGAUUCUUCGUUAUACUAAAGGGCAUUGCAAUACAAUUGAACUAUUA